UAUUUAAUAUAAUAAAUAAUCACAGUUCAUUUUUGUCAGUCAUUAAGUCAACAUAUUCAUGUGCCAUUGACAACGAUAAAAAAAAAAACAAAAUCAUCAUCACACAAUUAAACAGGAAUAAUAAUUGAAUUUCAAAUGUUAACUUACAUAGAUGUACACUUGAUUUACACGCUACCAGUUAUUUUUAUUUUAUCAUUAAUAACAUGGCCAUUUAUAAAUCGUACAGAAAUAUUUAAAAUAAUAUUGAUAAGUACAUUAGCUGUUAUAUACACAACACCAUGGGAUACAUAUGUUAUUUAUAAUGGAGCAUGGACAUAUCCACCUGAUAGAGUAUUAGCUGUUAUUGGCUGGGUUCCAAUUGAAGAAUACAUGUUCUUCAUUAUACAAUGUAUCAUAACAACACUCUGGUCAUUGUUGUGCUCAAGAUGGACAAUACCUUGUUUUAGUUUUAAUUACAACAAAAAAAGUUAUCAACUAAUUAGAUGGAUACCAAUUAUAUUAAUGGGUAUUAUCACAAUUAUUGGAUAUAAACUUGCUAUUCCAGGUCAACAUACAUUUUAUAUUGGAUGUAUAUUAUGGUGGUCAUGUCCAGUACUUGCUUUUAUGUGGUAUGGUGCUGGUAAUUUUUUUAUUAAAAAAAUUUUUUCAUCAUUAAUUGCUAUUAUUAUUCCAACUUUGUAUUUAUGGCGUGUUGAUCAAAUUGCACUUAAAGACAAUGUUUGGCAUAUCAAUGAAAAAAUGAGUUUAAAUAUAUUUCCUAUUGAUGAUUUACCAAUUGAAGAGGCAUUGUUUUUUUUUUUAACAAAUUUAUUUAUUGUUAUGGGUGUUCAUUGUUGUGAUAAAGCUCGUGGUAUUAUUGAUACAUAUACACAACAAUUUCCAAUUAAAUUUAAUAUUAAAUGGAAUUUUAUUUGUCAAAUGUUUCGUGCAUUUUUAAUAUCUGAAUAUUCAUUAUCUUCAAUUGUUGUUGAUGAUAUUAAAAAUUCAGCAAAUGUAUUGAGUAUUGCAUCAAAAUCAUUUAAUACUGCUGGUUAUUUUUUUCAAACUGGGAUACGUUUGGAUUUGACAAUUUUGUAUGGUUUUUGUCGUGUAACAGAUGACAUGAUUGACAAUGAAUUAAAUAUUGAAAAAAAAAUAAUAAAAUUAAAAAUAAUUAAAAAUUUUAUAAAUGAAUUAUUUUCUGAUAGAAAAACAAUUUAUGAUGUUAAAAUUAAACCAUCAAUGAUUAAUAUUAAUUGGAAAAAAUAUGAAACAAAAUUAUCAAAUAUUGAAUUAUCAUGUUUUCGUGCAAUUUCAAGAAUAGCAUUUUAUUUUCCACGUAAACCAUUUGAUGAAUUAAUAUCUGGCUAUCAGUGGGAUAUUGAUGGUAGAGUUGUUAAUAAUGAAGAUGAUUUAAUUUUAUACUCAAGCUAUGUUGCUGGUAGUGUUGGUGCACUGUGUGUUCAUGUUAUGAUGUAUCGAUCUGAUUUUUCAAAGCAUUCACUUGAUAAAAAUUAUAAUUACGUCAUUGAAAAAGCUCAACAAAUGGGAAAUGUUUUACAAAUGGUUAAUAUUGCUCGUGACAUUGUGACGGACAGUGUAACAUUGGGUAGAUGUUAUGUACCAUCUGAAUAUAUGGAUGAUGAAAUUCAAGAAUUAAAAAUAUUAUGUGAGCAAAAAAAUCCAAGAUUACUUGGUGAUAAAAAAUUAAAAAAAUAUUCCAUGAGAAUAAUUAAAUUGGCAAAUAAACAUCAAAGUGAAUCUGUUAAUGCCAUCAGAUAUUUACCACAAGAAGUAAGAGGUUCAGUUUUAGCAGCAACUGAAAUUUAUCGUGGACUAACUCGUGUUAUUGUUAAAAAUCAAAAUUAUCCAACAAGAGCUGCAUUAUCAAAAUGGAAUAAAAUAUUUAUUGCAUUUUAUUCUUUAUACGUUAAGAGUAUUCAAUACAUUAUGUAAUUGAAAUUAUUUUUUCUUUUUUAUAUAUCAAUGUUUAA